UAUCCUCCCUUUUCAGUGAUUACAGAUGACCUAUUCCCGUGAAUGGGAGAGAGAGAGAGCAAUUAAAACAGUAGGAGAUGUCGUAGACUUGUAGAGGGAUUCUAAAUGAGGAUUGGUGAAAUGUCCUCGUCUCAUCCCACAUCCUGAAGAUAGAUCGAAGGGAGGAUGCCGUUGGUGGUGGGUGGGGUGGUGUUGGAGAAUCCCCUGGCACGUGAGACGCGGAGCCUGAUCCAUGCCCAUCCCGUAUUCAAGGAAACGGCCUCCUCCCUCUGCGCCAUGCCCACCAAAGUCGUCGGCCCCGUUGGACUCCUCUACGUCAAUCAAAGGGAAAUGGCCGCGACGGUUCCUCAUGACAAGAACGUGAGCAUUUUGGGGACGGAGGAUGCGACGACGUGUCACAUGGCCGUUCUCAGGCACUCCGGUUCAGGUGCAGUGGGAUUGACUCAUUUCAAUGGGUCAUGGUUGGAUGAAGGGGCAGCAGCUCUGGUACAACGAGUGCAGGAAUUAAGCCUGGGAUACCCUGAGGGGAGGCUGGAACUCCACUUGGUCGGUGGCUUCCAUGACUCCAGAGGCAUCUCUGAGGACAUCGCCACUCAGCUACUCUAUGCAUUCCAUAAGCUCCCGAUGGAGAUUGACCUUGUUCUUCUCUGCGUUGGGGAAUUGAACAGUACCAUUCGAGGUGGUAUCCACUGGCCCAUCAUCUAUGGCAUUGCUGUGAAUGUGAAGACUGGAGAGAUCUUUCCUGCCACAUUCCCAGAAAAGGGACCUGAUAUGCCCCUUCGAAAUGCCAGGCACUUCACUGGUGGACACCAGAUCCUGGAUAUCUACGAUGCAAACUUGGGGCUGAUGAGGAUCGGUCCUUUCAAUUAUGAACCCCUGAGAGGAGUGGAUCUCUGGCUCCAACAGUCAGAUGACUUCAUCCUUCAACAUCUCUCUACAUCACCAGAAGUUGAACCUCCACAUUUUGUCAUGCAGGUACGCUCCACAUUGAAGCACAUCCAGGAGCACCCGUUCCCUUCGGUGACCAUCUUCCCCGAUAACCGUCCACAUUUUUAUCGCAAGGAUGAGAGUGGAGCCUGGGUACCUGUCCGCUAUUGAACCACUAGGACCGGAGGACGUUCUGUCUUUCCGCCUCUCUUUUUUCACAUGUUCUUUGCACAAGCUUGUCUCACAAAAAAAAACAGUCUUUGGAAUCCUUCAAAGGAUGUCCUGUGUCUUGCCUCCUGUGAUAUCAGGGUGAGAAGAAGAAAGUUGUUUCUCCUUGUGAAGUUGAAGUUACUACUGUCACUUUUGAGACCCUGUAAGUGCCUGCCUCAAGUUACAUAUUCAUUCUGAGUUCUUUGGACAUCUCACCACUCUCACAUAUCCCAAUACCUUGGUCCGAAAGGACAGUUGUGGUUUAUCGCACAAAUGCUAAGUGCCAUCAAGUGAUUGCCAUAUAUCUGUCGUGUCUCUGAGAGUGUUCAUUGUGACAGUUGGUAUUAUGGCAGCUAGGGUAGAAAUUGGAUUCAAAGUAGCUGCAGUGGAAUGGCUAUGUGAUGGGCAGAGUCACAAUGGUGGAUGGAAAUCAGCAUGAGAUACAGAGAUAGUUCUUCUUUAUGGGAUUGCUGAGUGAUUGCUCAGGAUAUGAACAGAGUAUAUGAACAAAGAGCCGCUUGCAUGCUAGUGUUAUCCUCUCAUGGUCAGAGCCCUCUGCAACAUCCUUUCAUCCAUUAACUGUCUCAGGUCCCAUCUUAUUGCUGGAAUAAAAUUUCAGAAGCAAAGGUAAUAUGGUGUGCUCAUGUGACUGCACCAAAUUUUGAUGGAUAAUCCUUUGAUAUAUAUAUCCAGGUUAACAUGAUAUCCAGAAGCCUAGAGAGUGUAAAGAAAGUUCUCCUGGACUGUGAUAUUGUUUCACUCUUCCUCUUGUGUUGAUGCCUUUGCAGAGAGUUUUGGCAAUGACUGAAGUUUAUAAGGAAGAUUUUUUGAUGAAUGAUUGUCAUUAGGACUUGAAUAGAGUUGUUGGAGAAGAAUGUUCCAUCAUGCCAUAAUGAAGAUGCCAUACCUCAGGCUGAACCAGUUCUUCCUCCAUCUCCUAUGGAAUGUGCCCAGCUGGUGCUACUGCAGUUGUUCUGGCAGUUCUUCACUUGAAUUUCCUUCUGCAUGCAUCUCAUCAAGUUCAUGGCUUUUUUUUUUCAGUUUCAAACUGCUUUCAUGCAGAGCUUCACUGGCAUUUUUCAUCACAGUAUUUGUAUUUUAGUUGUUUACUAUUGAAAGAUGAAGAAAGUUGAUAUGGAGUAAUGAAA